AUGGUCACCGCCCUGAACGCCAUCCCUGUACAAGCAGUUUGCUUCGGCAACCACGAGUGCGAUAUUCCCUUCCGCAGCUUGGUGUCCCGCAUCAAAGAGUUCAACGGUGUUUGGCUGAACUCGAACAUGCCAUCCAUGUUGGAGGAAUCUGAACUAGAUGGACAACUUGCAGAACACCAGUUGCUGAAGCUGGAUGGUGGCAGAUCAGUGAUUUUGACAGGCUUUUGCGUGGGCGGAGGUCGUUUCUCGUGGUUGUACAGGAAGAACGCCUUCAACGGUCAUGCGGACCGGAUUACGCCUGUGCUGGACGCAGUCGAUGAGGUAGUCUCAAAGGCAUACACUGCAUAUCCUGAAGCCGAUUGUGUAAUCCCGUUGACUCAUCAGGACUUGCCAGAAGACAUAGAAAUGACCACACGUGGGCACGACUUCCCAGUAAUCUUGGGUGGACAUGACCACGAUGUUGUUUGCGAAAAACAUAAUGGCACACACAUUGUGAAAGCCGGUGAGGAUGCACAGAAUGUUGCUGUGAUCGACCUCGUUUGGGAGCAAGGGGCUCCCAAAAACUCGCCUCCAAAGGUAACUGUGGAGCUCAUCCCCUUGGAGCCUGGGCCGUCAGUAGAGAGCGUUGCUUACGAGGCAGAUCCAACGAUGCAAGAAUCCAUUGAGCUUUUGCAGAAGCCAGCGAUCGAACUGCAGUUGGCCACCUUGGCUGCUAUCCAUUCACCUCUAGAUGAUCCUCUCAGCUCCGUUGGGGUGCGUUUCCAUGAGUGUUCCAUGGCGACCUUGCUCGCCAGCUCAUUGCGAGAAGUAGGUGGAGCUGAUGGCGCUUUGAUGAAUGCUGGUAGCAUACGUGGAGAGAAGGUUUACCCUGAUGGUAAGAUCCGAUUUGCUGACCUUGCUGCGGAGGUUCCCUUUCCAUCUACUUUGAUCGUGGCUCGCAUUCCAGGCGCUGUUUUGACCAAGGCAGUCGCCCAAAGUAGAGCCCCCUGGCAUGGAGCAGAAACUCCGCGAGCUGGAGCUCCAGCUGGAUCUACCUCUCACGCUCUCCAUUUUGAUGAUGGCAUAAAGUCGGACCCAAUAUCGGAGGAGCUCAUAGAAGUUGCUGGUAAGCCCUUCGAGCCAGACUCCAUGUACGACAUAGUCAUUGACAGCUUCUUGAUGCACAACGAUGCUGUACUGAAAGAGUAUAGCACAGCUCAUCCUGAACAUGUCCCAUCUGAAGAAACUGGACGGCCGGCUCUUCCUAUGUUAGUACAAUACUUCUGUGACAAGGUUUGGUGCAGUCUUUGUGACAUAGACGGCGAUGGUGAAGUGCAGAUCGAGGAGGUUGACGAGUUUUUCGACUUAGCGGACACUGACGGGAACGGAAAGCUUGAUGUGGACGAGCUUAUGGUUGCAAUGUCCCUCAAGCUGGGUGAUUUGGAUGUGACUAAAGUGUUAGCUCAGCAAUGCGUGAGCCUGGCAGAUGAGGAUGGGGAUGGUAAGGUGAGCAAGGAGGAGUUACAGAAGUUCAUGAAAGCAGAGGCAGCAGCGCGAACAAAUCGAACGAUUUGA